CAUAUAUGGAUACAUGUGACUGUAUUUGUUUCGUUUGGUGCAGCGGUGAUCAUGACAUGGUUCUCCCUUUUGUUGGCACAAAGGAGUGGGUAAAAUCCCUUAACUUCUCCAUCACUGACCGGUGGAGAUCAUGGCAUGUGGAUGGCCAAGUUGCUGGAUACACAGAAUCCUACUCCAAUAAUCUGACCUUUGCGACUGUUAAGGGUGCUGGUCACACGGCUCCAGAAUAUAAGGCUAAGGAAUGUUUAGCCAUGUUUCGAAGGUGGAUUUCUCACAGUUUACUGUGA